AUCCUACGAGAUUAUGGUAUUGUAAUGCCUAUAUAUAGGCCCCCAUAUCAUUCAAUAAUACACAAUUAUUUUCAUCACGCACUUUACCCUAAAACCCUGAACUUUUAGAUCUUUAGAAACAUUUUUUUUCUCUCCACCGCCGGCCGCCUUCGUCUCCGGCCUCCGGCAUCUUCCUGUCGGCGGCAGCCUCUGCCCGCCGCUCCUGCUCGCCGCCGCUGCAGCCCAUGCUAUCUUCUGCCUGCAGCCCCUGCAACCCUUGCACGCAGCCUCCGUAACCCCUGCACGCAGCCUCCGCAGCCCCACAGGUCUCCUCCGCAAAAACAUAUUUUUGCCCUGCAAGUCCCCGCAUCAAAGCAUUCAAAAUUGCUCUCCCCACAUAUUCACGCAAGAAACGCGAACUUCACAAACAAAGUCUUCGCUCAAGAGAAGUUACUCCCGUCUUCUCCAAAUCUUCAAAGAUGUCAUCGUCAUCUCGACCGGAAUUUGGCUUUCUUGAUCUAGAAGGAAAGGAAUACCACCACUGGGUUUCCGACAUGGAGCUCGCUUUCGAGAGCCGAGGGAUCAAAUACAUGUUUGCCGACCCUCUUGUUGAUUUCCCACCUAUGGCCAAGACUCAAACUCUCAUCUUCAUGAGACGUCACAUCCAUGCAACUCUUAAGAGGCAAUACUUGAACGUAAAAGAUCCUAAAGAAUUAUGGGACAAACUACGCUUGCGGUACAACAAUGUUCAUGAUAAGCUUCUCCCUGAAUUGACCGUUAGAUGGGAUAACAUCCGUCUAUUGGACUAUAAGAGAGUGGAUGAUUUCAAUCAGGAUAUGCUAUACCUGCAAUCCGAUCUUGGCGCCGUUGGCGACCUAGACCUUCUCAAUAAGACAUUGGACAUGUUUCCAAUCAACUAUGAGGUUCAAGCUCAUACGUACCACACUUAUGUAGAGGAAGGGAAGAUCCGGUCUUUCGCCGACUUAAUGGCGCUCUUGGUUAAGAAGGAGAGACAUUUUGAGAUCCUCCUCAAUAACAACAAUAGAUAUGUUGGCACUAAAAAGAUUUCUACGCCACAGUAACUAUGGGAAAGCUUAAGCAAAAGAAUCAAUCAAGGAACGCUCCAUACCAGCACCAAAACAACAACUCUCGUGGCGGGAGGCAACAAGGCCGGUAUCGGCCCAAGUUCAAUACUUGGACUCGUGAUGGUGGCGGCGCCACACCCUCUGGGGGAGGCCGUCCCCAUCCUAAACCUCAAGGAGGCCGUGUGCCUCCUCAUGCCUCCACUUCCAGUAAUGGCAAGUUUUCAUGUUUCAAAUGUGGCUCCUUCAAGCACUUUAAUCGUGAUUGUCGCGCUAGCAAAGAAAUGAUCAAGGCAUACUCCACCUACAAGAAGUUUCUACAACCCGAAUCGAAUCAUGUGGUGAGGAUCAUGAGAUCGAGAUUCACCACAUCUCCAUGAAGCUCGAGCCCCUUGCUUCUAAGGCUAAGCCUCAUGCCACCACUAUGGAUACUCCCGACUUUGAUUAGUCGUUUUAGCUUCUUUAGCUUUAUGAAUUCAAGUAUUGUUAUGGCCGACCGCCAUUGUUAUUUUCAUUGACUUUGUAAUAGUCUUUUGAUUUUGAAAUUAGAAGUUCAUGUGUGAUGUAUUAAAGAUUGACAUUCAAUAAAAUUUCUCAUUUUCUUGC